AUUUUGCAGCCACUAAGGAAAGGAGCAACCCGAGGGACUCACGUGCAACUCAGUUUCACCUUCAGCAAAACCUCUUCACGUCCGGUGUGCAGCCCAACAUCUUUUCAGAUGAUUCCUGCAAUCAAUAGGAUCCUCUGAGAGGGACAACUGGAUCAGUGGAACCAAGGACCAUGGGAGUUAUAGUCCAAAGCUUCUUGAGAGUGCCAGUUGUAAAGGCUGUUCUGCUGUCCCAGCAGCACCCAUCUGCAACCAGGGAGGCAACAGAUGUUGUCGUUGUUAAGGGCUGGAAUGAGGAUACAGGUGUACCUUGAAACAGGGUCUUCAGACCGAAUACGCAUAAUGCUUAUUUUUUAAAAAGUUAAUAGUAGAUGGGUAAGGCUGAAGGCCAAGAUGUCCAGCCUGCCCUUUUUCUUCUCCAUGCAUGGCUCUCUGCUGCCUAAGUUCAGAGAGCUAGUGGGACAGGACAGCCUCCUGCAGGAGAAGAAUAAUCCUGGCUGAGUUUCCAAGGCUCAAUUUGCUGGAAGAAAAUGCUUCUUUCUCCAAAUCCAUGGAUAUGUUGGACAAAAGGGCUCUUUCUGAGAUGUAGGGCCCUGGACUGAACCUCUCUCAGGUCACAGAUACCAACCAAAUGAUAUACCCCAAAGGUGGACAAUGGGCUUCCUAAGCAUCUCCACUGGCCUUUGAGAUGCUGCUGCCUUGGGGUGGAGUGUCUAUAGCAACAGCUGUGCUGAGUUCGAGCCAUCUGUGUGUGCGUGCGUGCACGCGUGUAAGCAGCAAGUGCUUUAAAUACUCUGGGUUGCCGUGCUGCCAAUGCUUCACAAGCUAGAAAGCAUCUCUGCCCUGUGGGUGGCCAUAGGUGAUCCUGGGAUCAAAACAGAACAAAAUCCCCAGGAAACCCCAGUGUGGGAUGGGGAAGAGUGCAGAAAAGUUCCUUUAAUAUGCAAAAAUCAGUGCAGAAAAGCUCCAGGGGCUCAUUGUCCCUCACUUUAAUAUCCUGAAGGCUGGCAAAAGCAUUUCAACAAGCAAAACCGUUCAUGCUGCCUUCUCAGUCAUUCCUGAAAGCGACCUGUGGGUCAAGAAGUGGGUCUGCCCUACCAGCUGAUGAAAUCUGUUGCAAGGGGGCUGCGUUGGGAUCUGCUGCAGGAAAGGGGAGCAAGGGCCAUUUUCGGUAUCACUGGCAGAGCCACAAUGUCAAGCACAGCGGUGUGGAUGAUAUGGUCCUUCUCUCCAAGAUCUCAGAAGACUCCAUUGUGGAAAACCUCAAGAAGCGAUACCUGGAUGACUUUAUUUUUACCUACAUUGGAUCCGUUCUAAUCUCUGUCAAUCCAUUCAAGCAGAUGCCGUAUUUUGGAGAGAAAGAAAUUGAAAUGUACCAGGGAGCCGCGCAGUAUGAAAAUCCACCACACAUCUAUGCCCUGGCAGACAAUAUGUAUCGAAACAUGAUAAUUGACCGAGAGAACCAGUGUGUGAUCAUCAGUGGUGAAAGUGGUGCUGGGAAGACUGUGGGAGCCAAGUACAUCAUGAGCUACAUCUCCAAAAUAUCCGGAGGAGGCCCCAAAGUGCAGCAUGUGAAGGAUAUCAUUCUGCAGUCCAACCCCCUCCUGGAGGCCUUUGGCAAUGCCAAGACAGUUCGCAACAACAACUCCAGCAGAUUUGGGAAAUACUUUGAAAUCCAGUUUAGUCCAGGUGGGGAGCCAGACGGCGGCAAGAUCUCCAACUUCCUGCUGGAGAAAUCCCGAGUGGUCAUGAGGAAUCCCGGGGAAAGGAGCUUCCACAUUUUUUACCAGCUGAUUGAAGGCGCCUCCAAUGAGCAAAAGACCAGCCUUGGUAUCACCAGCAUGGAUUAUUACCACUACUUGAGCCUCUCAGGAUCCUACAAAGUGGAAGACAUCAACGACAAAUCUGACUUCCAGGAAACUCUGCACGCCAUGAAGGUCGUUGGUCUCUCAGCGGGGGAGCAGGCGCUGGUGAUCCAGAUUGUGGCUGGGGUGCUCCACCUGGGCACCCUCAGCUUCAGAGAAGUCAGCAACUAUGCCGCAGUGGAGAGUGAAGAGUUUUUGGCCUUCCCGGCUUUCCUCCUGGGAAUUGACCAGGGCCGCCUUAAAGAGAAACUGACCAGCAGACAGAUGGACAGUAAGUGGGGCGGCAAAUCAGAAUCCAUCCAUGUGACCCUCAACGUGGAGCAAGCGUGUUACAUCAGGGACGCCUUGGCCAAAGCGCUUCACGCCAGGGUCUUCGGCUACUUGGUGGAUUCUGUCAACAAAGCGAUGGCAAAAGAUAACCAGGAGUACAAUAUUGGUGUCCUAGACAUCUACGGCUUUGAAAUAUUUCAGAAAAAUGGGUUUGAGCAGUUUUGCAUCAAUUUUGUCAACGAAAAGCUGCAGCAGAUCUUUAUCGAGCUCACCCUGAAGGCAGAGCAGGAGGAAUAUGUUCAGGAAGGAAUUCGUUGGACUCCCAUAGAUUACUUCAACAAUAAAAUAGUUUGUGACCUCAUAGAGAACAAAGUGAAUCCACCUGGCAUCAUGAGCAUCCUGGAUGACGUCUGUGCCACGAUGCAUGCCGUGGGGGAAGGAGCAGACCAGACUUUGCUGCAGAAGCUGCAGAUGCAGAUUGGGACUCACGAGCAUUUCAACAGCUGGAAUCAGGGCUUCAUCAUUCACCACUAUGCAGGAAAGGUUUCCUACGACAUGGAUGGAUUCUGUGAGAGGAACCGAGAUGUUCUCUUCAUGGACUUGAUCGAGCUUAUGCAAAGCAGCGAACUGCCUUUUAUAAAGGCUCUGUUUCCAGAGAAUCUCCAAGCCGAAAAGAAAGGCCGACCCACCACUGCUGGCAGCAAAAUCAAGAGACAAGCCAAUGACCUGGUGGGCACUCUGAUGAAAUGCACCCCCCAUUACAUCCGCUGCAUCAAGCCCAACGAAACCAAAAACCCUCGUGACUGGGAGGAGAGCAGGGUGAAGCACCAGGUGGAGUACCUCGGGCUCAGGGAAAACAUCCGAGUUCGCCGAGCAGGUUACGCCUACAGACGCGCCUUCCCAAAAUUCCUGCAAAGGUAUGCCAUCCUGACCCCUGAGACCUGGCCUUCCUGGAAGGGGGAGGAGAGGCAGGGAGUUCUGUACCUGCUCCAGUCUGUCAACAUGGAUCCUGACCAAUACCAGCUUGGCAGAACAAAGAUCUUCAUCAAAGCACCAGAGUCUUUAUUUCUGCUGGAGGAAAUGAGGGAGCGAAAAUAUGAUGGCUACGCACGGUCCAUCCAGAAGGCCUGGAGGAAACACAUCGCAAGGAAGAAAUACGUACAAAUGAGAGAAGAAGCUUCUGACCUGCUGCUGAACAAGAAGGAGAGAAGGCGGAAUAGCAUCAACAGGAACUUUGUGGGUGACUACAUUGGCAUGGACAACUAUCCGGAGCUUCGCCAAUUCGUGGGCAAGCAUGAAAAGAUUGAUUUUGCUGACACUGUCACCAAAUACGACAGGCGGUUCAAGGGCAUCAAGCGAGACCUCAUCCUCUCUCCGAAAUGUGUGUAUCUGAUUGGGCGUCAGAAGGUGAAGCAGGGACCAGAGAAAGGCCUGGUGAAGGAGCUUCUCAAGCGACGGAUCGAAGUGGAACGGAUCCUCUCGGUGUCACUCAGCACCCUGCAGGACGACCUGUUUGUCUUACACGAGCACGAGUAUGACAGCCUCCUGGAGUCUGUCUUCAAGACCGAGUUUUUGAGCCUCUUGUCAAAGCGCUACGAGGAGAAAACACAGAGACAGCUCCCCCUGAAGUUCAGCAACACACUUGAGGUGAAACUGAAAAAAGAGACCUGGGGGCCGUGGAAGGCUGGGGGCUCUCGCCAAGUGCAGUUCAGCCAAGGUCAGGGAGAUGUGGCCAUUCUCCGGCCAAGCAACAAAGUGCUGCAGGUCAACAUCGGGCCUGGACUCCCAAGGAACGCCCGGCCCACCAAAAGAGGCGUGACCCAGCCCAGAGGACUUCCCAACAAAACGCCUGGCCAGAACUAUCCGAUGAGGACUGCUCCUCCGCCCCCCGGUAAGCUCUCAGAAGGUGUACAAAAUGGGGUGAUCAAGCUCCAGCAACACCCCCUGCAUCCUUUGGGCCCAGCAGCAGGCCAACAGGCCACUCAGAAGAGCCUGCACACCUCCGUGGCAUGCCCACCACUGCCACGGGUCUCGGGGGGACCAGGAAGGGUAUCCCAACAGCCCAGCAGCCUGGAUUUUCUCAAAGUGCCUGAGCAAGGGGCCGCUGGUGCUUGUAGGCUGAUGACAAGCCGCCCCACACCUGCAGGGGGCAGACCCAAGCCCCAGCCCCAGCCCAAGCCUCAGGUACCCCAGUGCAGGGCACUGUACGCCUACGAUGCCCAAGACACUGACGAGCUCAGCUUCAAUGCCAACGACGUCAUUGACCUCAUCCGAGAAGAUCCCUCUGGCUGGUGGACAGGCCGAUUAAGAGGCAAGCAAGGACUUUUUCCGAAUAAUUACGUGACCAAGGUGUAACUCUGACCCUAAGAAACCCUUGAUCAGUUCCAAGAUGCCAGAGGAGACGCUUUCUGACCCUCUGAGUGAUGUGGAAAGCUGCCGGUCUAGGCAAAGUCUACAAUAUCAGCUUCAGUUCCUCCGUGAGGUUAAAAAGAGGAUAAGUCUGUUUUAUGAGAAGCCAAAGCCCACAAAGCCAAGGAUUUAUUUAUUUUAUUUAACUCUUUUUCUUGCAAAGAGGAAUGUGUUGAAAUUACAUUCCAUUAUUUAAAAAAAAAACAGUUCUGGAAACCAUCAAGUGCUCUGACGGAUUUCGAAGAAUUUUGUUUCAUUUUUCAAGUGCCUUUAGUUGCUCUGCUUUUUCUUCCAGAUUAUCUAACGAAGCAAUGACAUUCUAUGCACCUCUCCACAGUGGGCAGCUUCCCAGGGGAAGGAGAUUCUGCUGCUAGUUCUCUGGGGAACCUUGCGCCGCCUCUUCCUUUCCUAAGUGGACACGUCUGUCUGUGUGCAUCUACACUCUCUCCUACUGUCUUGUCUAGCUAUGCUUGUGACUCCAGAAAGGCACCAGAACCGAAGGAAAACAGUAUUCUAUGCUGCAAAUAGUUCAUCUGGUCAGUCAAUGUGGCUGGCCCACACUGACUUUUAUUAUUAUUGUUUAUUAUUGUAUCUAUGCAUUACCCCCCUCUCCUUUUUCCUCCAAGGAAGCUGUAAACUCUUGUCACUGCUUUCAUCUGGCGCACAUGUAAAGAAACAAGCCAAGGGCAAAACCGUACUAAUGUGCACAAUAAGUAAGUGGCUUGGAAUAUCAUUUGGGGCCCAGGUACUUCAUCAUAGGAACGUGGCACAAUUGUCAGCAUUACGAAGUUUCCAAAGCUGGUCUGUGCUGCCGUGGGCCCUCUGCAUGUGGGUUAAAUUGCUCUCCUCCAUCAAUAAAAACAGAGACUACAA